GUGAGGAGGAGUUGGACUCCGAAUGGGUCGCAGCCGAAGCCGCUCCCAACGGAGGGAACGUAGGCGGUCCCGGUCCACUUCCCGGGAGAGAGAACGAAGGCGCCGAGAAAGAUCCCGGUCUCGGGAAAGAGAUCGAAGAAGGAGCCGUUCGAGAUCCCCACACCGAAGGCGCUCCCGAUCCCCAAGACGACAUAGAUCCACAUCUCCUUCCCCUUCUCGACUGAAAGAAAGAAGAGAUGAGGAAAAGAAAGAAACAAAAGAAACAAAGAGCAAAGAACGUCAGAUUACUGAGGAAGACUUAGAGGGCAAAACAGAGGAAGAAAUUGAAAUGAUGAAGUUAAUGGGAUUUGCCUCUUUUGACUCAACAAAAGGGAAGAAGGUAGAUGGCUCGGUCAAUGCCUAUGCCAUAAAUGUGUCUCAGAAGAGGAAGUACAGGCAGUACAUGAAUCAAAAAGGUGGCUUCAACAGACCUUUGGAUUUUAUUGCAUGAGAAUUGAAAUUUGAAGAAUGAUUUUCCCCCUCGUCUUGGUCAAAGAGUGGAUUUUGUAUUUAAUAUGCCUCAAAACCAGGAUUGCUGUUCUUUCUUGUAAAGAAAUAUCAUUUGGGGCAGUCACCAUCCCAUUUUGUUUGUUUUUAUUCCUAUGGAAACUGUGUAUUUUCUUCUUGGAUGCUUGUUAGGACUUUAUAACAAACAUGAAAGUAAUUUGGAUGUUUCUCCAAUAAAGCAAUAUUUCUACCCA